GAAAAGACCCAGCUGUCGUGCGUGGCAACUUUGCCAUCAAGGUCACUUUAAAAAAUGAAGUCAAUGCGAUCUGCCUUCCCACAACUGCAGAUGUAAAUAUAGUGACCGGCCGGCCACUCCAACCAGUUUAACUACCUCGUUAAGCCAUUUACAAAGUCUCCAGUCGCUGCAGCCAUGUGGAAACUUAAACCAAUUAACUCCACGUGACCCUGGAGCUUCAAUUAACCUUAAAAAAUUGUCGGCUGAAAAAGAAUUUCCAAACUUGGCCGAAAAUCAUACCUAUAUGGCAGAUGUUCUUACUAUUCAAAUGUACAAGAGACUGAGAGGCAGAGCAACCCAAAGUGGCUUCACACUGGAUGAUGUCAUUCAACCUGGUGUAGAGAAUUCUGAGCAUUCUUGCACCAGAAGUGUGGGUUGUGUGGCUGGAGAUGCUGAAUCAUACACUGUCUUCAUGGAGUUCUUUGAUCCACUUAUUGAACUUUAUCACUAUGAUUAUCAGCAAAGUAGAAUGCAUAGGAGUGACAUGAAUCCAGAAAACCUAAAGGGUGGAGCUGAUUUAGAUGGACAGUAUGUGUUGACCUGUCAAGUGAGUGCAGGACGCAAUGUGGAUGAUUUUUCUUUUCCGCCACACUGUAGUCGUGGAGAAAGACGUGCGCUUGAAAAACUUGCAGUAGAGGCCUUCAAUGCGUUAGAUGGUGAAUUUAAGGGAACUUAUCACUCGCUGAAGAACUUGAGUGAGGAGGAACUUCAGAGACUGACCACUGCUGGAAUUCUUACUGAUAACCUUAUUUCUCCAUUGAUGCUUUCAUCUGGUAUGGCCAGGGAUUGGCCAGAUGCACGGGGUGUCUGGCAUAAUGAUAUGAAGAAUUUUAUUGUCUGGGUCAAUAAAGAAGACCAUCUUCGCUUUACUUCUAAGCAACAAGGAGGAAAUAUGAACCAAGUUUUUACACGUUAUUGUUCAGGUCUUAAAAAGCUUGAAGAAAUAUACCAUCAGAAAAACCACCCCUUCAUCUGGAAAGACAAUCUAGGUUAUGUGUCAACCUGCCCUUCGGAUCUUGGCACUGGUUUGCGGGCAAGUGUCCACAUUAGGCUGAAGUACGUCAGUAAACAUAAGAAGUUCGGUGAGGUCUUGCAGAGAUUACGUCUGGAAAAAAUUUUUACUGGUUCUGUAGAUUCUUCUGUUGAAAGUGACGUCUGGGAUAUUUCCAACGCAGACAGAAUUGGUUUCUCAGAAGUUCAACUGUUGCAGUUGGUAGUUGAUGGCAUUAAACUGCUGAUCAACAUGGAUAAAUAUAUAGAACAUGGAAUACCUAUUGACGACCUUUUUCCUUCUCAGAAGUAGAUGGAUUUACAUGAAUAAUUAUGAUACAGCACAUAUAAUAGUAAAUAUUAAGUUACAUAGUGGGAUGGAAACUAUAUU